CAGUGGGAUUUUAAUCAGUUUAUUGCAAUGUCUAAAUGGAAGGCUAAAAGUGGCCUCGCAUGCAAUAAAAUCUUUAUGGAAUGGAUGAGAGAAAGAAUAGCAAGCGGAGAAAAAAAUGUAAAGAUCCCUGACUCUGGGGAACGUUUUAGUUAUAUCGCUGUGAAUGACGGUCCUCGUUAUAAAAAAGAUAGUUCAAAAUCGACAAGAAAGGGUGAUUACAUGGAGUUUCCGGAAAUUGUAAAAGAGUUUAAUAUGAAGAUAGAUAUUGGUCAUUAUUUAGAACAAACAGUAGGAAUGUGUGCACGUUUUAUCAAUGAGGACGAUAUGUUCCUACCACCCUUAUCAGAUAAAAUAAUGCAGAUUAAAGAUUCAGAUAUAAGAGAAAAACAGAUCAAUAAAUAUUCUCAGAAAAAAGCAAAAAACUGGCUUAUUAAAUAUAUCAAGAGUCUUCAAUAA